AAAUAGCGAGUAGUUGUCUAAUGUGUGUGAGAAUCGGAAUCGAAACACGAUUUAAGUGUCAAAGGUCAAACGUCGAUCAGGAUGGCGAGUGCAGCGGGAGAUAACAAUGCUGGCAUUGACGACAGCAUGUUUGAGAUUCUGGACGUUGCAGAGACGGGGAGAAAUUGGCUGGAGAAGGCACUAGAUGGGGAACUCUCCAAGAAAUCUGUGCCGGUGCAGGUGGCCAUUGGAGGAUCCGCAGGCUGGGUUGCGGGUUACUUGUUCCAGAAAGUCGGCAAGGCUGCAGCAACAGCCGUCGGGGGAGGACUCCUGGUUGUCCUGAUUGGCUACCAUACUGGACACAUUAAGAUCAACUGGAAACAGUUUGAAAAAGACAUCAACAAAACCAAGGCGAAGGUUGAAUCGCAGGUGCAGCAAAACGCCUCCUACAUUUCGACAUUUGCACACCAGGUCAAGCAGCUUGGAAGGAAGAACCUUGUUAUAUCAGGCGGAUUUGGUGCAGGGUUCCUGCUAGGCAUGGCCAUGUAGCAAACUUCCCUCUGUUAUGGUUCGCAAUAACUUCUGUGUCAUUUGAAACGAGUACACUGUAGCCCUCUUCACACGAGACCAAAAAAAAAACCCAAUUAUGAUGAUUGAGAACGAUUAUCCUGCUUGAAAAAUCUUCAUGGGAGGGGACCUCCGUGCUCAAAAGUGGCCAACAUCCCUGGUGAAUUUAUAUCAAGCCUUGAGGGAUUUUGGCGGAGGUUCGUAGUCUCGGACCUACGACAAAUUUAACACUGUUGUAAAUGACCAGUGCAAUACGCCGUAGAAGUGGUUACAUCAUACGCCGCCUAGGUCACGUGUUGCCACGGUCACGCGUUCCACACAAACCCCGGUCGUACGUAGUGAUAGCUGUUAAUGUUCGAGUACAAUGUAUUUACUAUCUCAACUCGUAAAUUGUUCCUCAAUGCUUGCUACAUUUUUUGUGUUGUGUGAAGAGGGCUGAAGUGACCUGCUGGGUCAGGUUCAUAAUGGUCGGAGUUUAGAUUCUUGAAUUUGGAAUAAUUAUGAGCAAUGGUGGUUUUUAAUAUCAGGACAAGUUGACUUGGAGCUGCCAAGCAUGCUGAGAGCGGUCAAUCAUGGGGCAAGCUUAAACUGUUUGUGUUCAGUGAUGCUGUCUAGCUUACAUGUGACAGUUUUUAUGCGUGUGCAACGCAACACAAUGACAUAAGUAACUUGUUAUUGGAGAAAAAAACAGACGGAAAGUAUUUUCAUCAACAAAUCAGUGUGACCUUUUCACCAGUCCUCCCGGUCAAUGAAAAAUUGUCUUUACAAUUCUCAAAACUCUUCUAUUAAAAUUUCAAAUUUUCAUUUGAAACAAAAUCACACCCAUACUUUUAACACAGUCUAUCUCAGCUGAAAAAUGAUCAAAAUUCAAAAUGUUGUGUGCAAUUAGUUUUUCGUUUAAAUACCCUCACCUUAGACAUGUUUACCAUUCAGCGAAUCUUUUAUUUUUCUAGAAUGUUUGUGAAUUUGUUUCAUUUUCUUUAGUCUGUUAGCUAUAAAUUGACUGUCAAACAGCCCAAUGUGUAAAAGUAUGCAAUACAUUACAAUACUGUAUUUCUCAAUUCGCAAACAAAGUGUACAUGUUUUCCGUCCACCGAAUAAAUAAGUGUGUACAUGUACCCCUUUUCUGUUACUCAUACUUUUUAGACCCAGUAACUCGGAUACUAGAACUCCCUUUUCAAAAUUUCUCUUUUGUUGGUCAUGCUGUGCUAGUGCGUAAAAUUGAACCUUCGAAACUUUGAAUAGCCAUUUUAAAUAAGAUGCAUGUAAUUAAUACAUUUUCAGAAAGGUCUCUUUUUCAAAAGCCUGCCCUUGAAACUAUCAUAACUUUCUUUUCAUCUUGUACACCUUUCAUAUAUCUUGCCAAAUUUAAGCCGUUUGUUAAAUGUAGGUAAUUGGUUUUGUUUUUCGUAGCUUUUGCAAUCUAACUUGAGUGCCCUCUCAUUUCUUUUUGUAAUUAACUUAAAUACAUUAUGUACUUUAAUGUCACUGAAGUAAAUAAUACAUUUGCAUAUAUUAGGGUUUGCAUUCUAAAAAUAAAACCACUUUAGUAGGGAACCUCAAGUGAUUUUUCGAAAUGUCAGACUUUUUAAUAAACCUUUUUGUAAUCUUCUGAACUUUACCAUGUUGGUUAUCAUUUUGGGAUCAGUUUUAGCAGUCAUUUUAUGUUUUCAUAGAAACAACCUCAUUUUGUCAUUCUGAAAAUUAUCAACAGACUACAGAAGUAGCAUAAGGAUUCAAUCAUGUUCUUUUUAUUUUGCAUCAUAAUACUCCACACUUGAAACUCACCGAUUUGUAUUGAUAAUGUUAAUUGAUUCAGUGUGUUAUGCAUUAAAGGUUUGAUUUAAUCUAAUGGAGGAUUAUCACAAGCUGUAUUCGUUGAAUAAAAAUUAUCGGUUGCAAAAACUGAAGAAAACAAA